AUAAGCGUCAAGAAUGUCAGGUAAUUACGUGCUCGUCGCACACAUAGAAGAGGAGAAGUGAUUCAGAGAUUGAGUCUAUCCGGAAUUACAGUGAAGUGAAAUUGAAUUAGUGAGGGCACGAUCUUCUUGGCGUAGACUACGUCGUCACCGUCGGCAAGAUUCUGUCUCCCAGGUACCGGGCAAGUCCUGGGGUGGCGACAGAGGCACCUGCAGGUGCCCGUAGCCCGAAGGAACCACCUGCGUCUACCGUGAUGACGGUCCAUCACCAGCAGAACCACCACGUGGCCGCUCUCAGUGGCGUUGCCGUGGCCAAUAACGGCCUGAAUCUCAGCAGGAUGUCCGGCCUGGAGGCGCAUCGGCUGGAAAACAUGGUCGAUCGAAACGGCGUCGCCAUCGAACGUCUUUCCAACGGGUUGGACUCGCGCAAUAACAAUCUAAACAACAACAACAAUAACAACAAUGGGCUGGAAAGGGGCGACGCUUCAACGACGAUGCCGCAGAGAUCGAGGUUUAUGAUCACCGAUAUCCUGGGCGGCGCGUCUAGCAAGAUGCACCAGUCCGGCCAGGAGCCACCCGGAAGUCCACCCUCGACGCCGCGGGACCUUAGUGUCAGGCAUCAGUCCAGAACGUCCUUGAGCACCAGUAAUCUAGACGAGGACAGCGACGCCAGCCACCACGACGGCGCUUCCGUUACGUCCAAUGGUGGCAAAGAGGAUGAUCCUAAAAGCUCGUCUUCGAGUUCCCUGGGCUCCGCACAAAGUAAGAAACAGCGUAAAGCGCGUACGGCGUUCACGGAUCACCAGCUUCAAACUCUGGAGAAGAGCUUUGAGAGGCAAAAGUAUCUAAGCGUGCAGGACAGGAUGGAGCUAGCGGCGAAACUGCAGCUGACGGACACGCAAGUGAAAACGUGGUACCAAAACAGAAGAACGAAAUGGAAGCGACAAACGAUCGUGGGCUUCGAGAUCAUGGCUGAGAACAAUUUCGCUGUCGCCGCCUUUCAGCAGUUGUACGGCAGCGGCGCCGCGACCAUCCCCGCGCAUCCCGCAGCAGGACGUUACUGGCAGUACGCUCCUAGCGCGCACACAUUGCCCGCGAAUGGAUUCUUCUAUCAGCAAGCGUCGGCCGCAGCGACUCUACAAAAACCGCUCCCCUAUCGUCUGUACCCGCCCACGAUGAUUCUGGCCGGACCGAGCAAUCCCCUCGGUUCGUUGACGGCGAGCUCCAGCCUGUCGUCCCUCAGCAACUAUUACAGGGACAGCCCGGAAAUAGUUGACGGCCGGGAGUCGACGAGAAAGAGAGAUAGGAGCAAAAGCCCGGAGUCAAGGGACCGAUCGCCGACUAGGAAACAGACGAGACUGUAUCCGCUGUCGAUGAUGCAGGCAGGUCCCAGCAAUCCUCUCGGCACCCUGACGGCGACGUCAAAUCUCCCCAACAUGAACAACUAUUACAGGGGCAGCCCAGAAGAGCUGGUGGAGGGCAGAGAGAACGUGGACAGGUCGAGAAAGCAAGAGAGGAGUAAGAGCCCGGACUCUAGGGACAGAUCACCCCUAAGAAAGGACACCAGAGCUUAUCCCCCCGCUAUGAUUCAAGCGGGUCCAAGCAACCCGCUCGGCUCCCUCGCGGCCAGCUCGAAUUUAUCGAAUUUGAACAACUAUUACCGGGAUAGCCCAGAGAUAGUAGAUGGGAGGGAAGGUAUAAACCGGACGCGACAGCGGGACAGAAGCCAGAGCCAGGACAGAUCGCCCAUCCAGAGGGAGGACAGUCCUCGGAGCGUGAGGGCCGACAGCGAUGACGAGAGCAUACACGAUAUCUAGGACAUGGAGAUCCCUAAUAUCGCCGAUAGUACAUCAGGAAUGCUGCACGAUGGCGAGGGAAAGGAGGACGAGUGUAUCUUGCAAAAUAAUUAAGAAAUGAAGCUACACAAUUUCUUUGCAAAGGACUCUGAAAGAAUAUCUUUGGAGAGAUGGUUGAGAGGAGUCGAGAAGAAUAUCGUACCAGGAUUGUUGAGGGAAGUAUAAUC